AUGGAUGAAGAUAAAGUGGGUGUGGAAGCUUUGCUUGAAUAUGUCAAGUGCCUGGAAGGAAGGCUAGAGGCGAUGGAAGAGGAGCGACCACAAGAGUCAGCUCCUAGUACCUCGCCUGACUCACAGAAAGGCUUUGAAAACGGCAGUGUUUUCAGCGAAACAAUCAAGAAUAAUGGUUCGUUUGGAGGGAAGAUGACACUUAUGGUUUUAAGUAAUGAUAACGGCAUUGAACGAGAAGGUGCACGGCGUGCACAGAGUGGAAAUGGACAGCAGGAACGAGUCCAAGGAAUGGCAGGUGCUUUUGCUCCAAAAGGAAAUCCUGCAGGAAAUCAGAUGCGUAUGGGUGGGAAUUUAAAAAUUCCGAAACUAACCCUACAGAACUUUACCGAACGUUUUAAGGUGAACAAGCUUGGUGAACAUUUAGACGGAGUGGCAGCAAAUUACUUUCAGGCAAAUAUUGCAACAUGGGGAGGGAGAAGAAGAAUUUUCGGUGCAAGCCGGCAUCUCGUGUCAAGUGAAGAGCUUUUGGAGAAUGCAAAAGAUUGCAGUGACGAUGAGGGCCUGUUGCUACCGGAUGGUGCAAUAUUAAAGGUGACAAAGGCAAACCGAAAAGCAGCAAACGAACAAGUUGAGCAGUUUGAAAACAAUGAAACAGACUCGUGCCCGCUCCUUGGUGAAGACGAAAUGCCCCGCAAUGGUGCUCAGCCUCAUCGGAUCCGAAACGUGCGACGUAUUGAUAACGGUUUUCUCAGCCCCAAGCGCAGUCUAGUGCAGCGGAUUUGUAGUCGUAAGAACCGGUUUGUUCAGCGCGUACUCGUAGCAUGUCGCCUAGCUGAUCGGUCGAAAGACCUCAUGUUUAAGGAGGAGCAGAGAAGCACCAACAUAGCUCUUGAGAGGCUCACAAACAUUCGCAGCAGCUUCUUUGCCAACUCGCAAAGCAUUGUUGGCUUAUCAACUGCUAUUUGUUGCUUCACUGGCAACUCAGCACGCUUUUACAGUGGUUCACAAGAAGUACUGACCCACGUCGAUGUAGGAGGGUCGAAAAUCCAUGAAUGCUCGCUUGUCUUUAGUGGCCAAGUAGAAGAACUUGUUCUCACUAGGAUCGACCAUCGACUUGCCGAGCUGAAGCACAUCCACUCGCUAAUUGAGGAGCGAGCAAAGCUCGUACUUGACGUCGAAUACGCCAAGCGAACGUUGGCUGUAGAGCAACAGAAAGGGGACGUCAACCGUAUUGCAGAGCGCGAGCAAGCGCUUCAAAAUGCCCAACUCGAGUGCGAGCGGACAACACGAUUCAUCACGGAGCAGCUGAAGUCUGUCCGCCCCAAUCAAGAUAUGGACGUGUUUGGGCUGCUCCAAGAGUACGCACACCUCGUUGCGCAGUUUUUCAAGCGUGGUGUUUCCUUGGUUGGUGGCACGAAAUGA